ACUUGUUGCAGUCUGGGAAUUUGAGGUUAGGCAGUUUGAGCUACAAAUUUGGAGAAGGGAACAACUUGUAAUUGGACGAUAGAAGGUUUGCUCUUUAUCUGGUCUAGGUUCUCAAUAGAUUUUGAGAAACCAUGGACCUUUCCCAGCAUUCUCAAAUGGAACUUGUUGCAGUCUGGGAAUUUGAGGUUAGGCAGUUUGAGCUAGAUGCUUGGAAAGGAGAAACAUUUGCGACUGGAUAUGUUUUUUAUAAGGAGAAUUGAAGAAUAUUGGUCUUUUGUGGAAUCAGAAUCUUAUUAAAUAAUAUCGUGUAUGCUAUUUCUUCCAAUGACUUUUUGCUACAAAGCUUCACGAUUGUUUAUAAAGAAAUGUUGCCAAGAAUAAAUUUUUCUUAGAUUUGGAAGAUAUGUUCGUAUAUAUAAAUUGUGCAUUGGUAUGCAAAUGUACAAUUCUUUGGAAUGACAACAGUAACUUGAGCUUGCUAGUUGGCCUCAUACUUUGGCCAGCAUAGUCUAUAUAUAACUGAACUCACAAGUGAACUGUUCUAACAAUAGCAUUCACAUUCUCAUACUCUUACUAUACUUCUACGUAGAUAAGGAAACCGAUGAUUUCAUUGAAAAACAAAAAAAAAUGCUCUUAUACUCGAUACGCAAACUUCAUUGAAUCUGUAGGAAAAUCUCAAUAGAAACCUCAUUAGAUUUUCAUAAUUGUACACGUAAUUGUAUUGUAAAAUUGAACUCGACUCCAUUCUAGCUCGUUUUUGCCACUGUCCUUCUAAAAUUAUUAUUCCAUUACUAUUGUGUGUUAUUUCUCGUGAUUUAUUAUUUAUAUUCUAUUACUGCGAUAUUAUAACCAGUCCAAAUAAUUGUUAUUGCUAUUGACCAGUUAAUUUACAUAAUUUAGUAACAUUCGUUGACGUGUCAGUCUCGUUAAUGGGCAAACCAGUGAUUUUUAAUCGACAUUGCUCGUUACGGAUCUUCUAUUCGUUUUUUAUCCAGCUAAUUGCUCGCUCGGUGGGCCGAGUAACUCAAAAAGAUUUGCGCCAUCGAUAAUGCGUUAUCGGCGACGAAUAAAAAUUAUCUCACGAAUAAUGCAAAACAUUUUGCCACAUAUAGCGGUCAUCAACCAAACGAAAAACCAAAGAUAUUCCGAUCAUUCGUAAAGUUUAUUCGUAACACGUUGCGGUCACUGUUGUGCAACUUGGAAAAGGUCAAGAACCACCACGCCGAAGAAUCGUCGAAUAUCCUGGCGGGACCACGGCGGAGCCGCGCGACUAGCGAAAGCUGCGAAACGCUAAUCGCGUAACAGAGUACAGCGGCAAAUUGGAAACCAGCCAGACAUUAUGAAACACAGGGCUGAACGUCGGCGUAGAAAAUAUUCGAACGAAGAAAUUGAACGAUACGUUUGACGCGCCACUUCUAUUCUCGGUGUGGAAAAGGUCUAAAAAUACAAAGCCGUGCUGACUAACCAAGAGAAUUAAGGCAUCGCUGGUGCGGAAAUAGCUGCGCUGGAGACCCGCCAAAUAUCGUAAAUGCCGCGCCAACGUGAGCGAACCGCCAACCAGGGAAUUUGUAAAUAAUCGCCACUUGAAUCUCUCGCAUACUCGCAGACAGUUGCUCUUUGAUGGUUCGACCAAGUUCCCGUUCCUCGAUCGCUCGCUUGAUUCACGAUCUCGCCGGUUGGCUGGUUCAUUCAUGGAUCGACCAGCGACAAAUGGAGAUCACGAGCACCGUUCCGAGGAAAAGAAAGAACGCGAUCGGCUGCCUCGUGCCAGCUACAAGCAACUGCAACGUUGCUGCGAAGGAGAUGCUCGACGUUCCCUCCUUUUCUCGUGGACUCCUCAUUUUGCAGUUGCGAUGACGAACUUCCCCCGUAUUCCUCUCGGAGGCUCGCGGAGUCCCACCCUUCGAGAGGAGGAAAUCAAACGACGAUGCGAUGGAAUUUAUAUAUUCGUGGAUUUGCUGUAAUGCAGGGAUUGACAAGAGGAUCGUUUCACUACGUGACAUGGAACUGUGCAAGGUAAUACAGUUUGCUGGCAAGCCAGGAGUAAGAUCGUUCUCUUGUUUUGAUUAAGAAUAUUCAGUUUUAUGGAAGUUUGUUUGGACAAGUUAUAAGAAUAAGUGGUGCUGAUGAUGGAGCGUGUAUGCAUAUUUUAUCAUCCUUGAGUCACUUUACAAUGCACACAGAAUAAGAACAGACUUAUAUCAGAAUUUCAAAAUCGAAUUAUAUCACUGACUCAUCAAUUUACAUUAUAAAACAGAUAUAUGUUAUAUGUUACGUAACAAAUAUAUGUUAAAGCCUCACGUUAGCACUAUAAUUAUUCCCAACGAUGCUCCUGUUUCUAAGUUUCUGCCGGAAACCUGUUCCGUUAUCCGCCCUGUCUAAAAUUAAGA